GACCUKGUUGUAUGAACCGGGGAUACCAAUUGAACAAAAAUCGAAAAUCGGUUUUCGGAAGCAAAACAAGYAUUUUACCAACAUGGCAUUCUGCAUGARUUCCGCUGGCUUGUUGGCGGUGGCAGCAGCRAUAMUCCUUUUUCUUUCACUCGUCGGCAGCACGAACGGAUUUGAACAUGCAACAAGUGUUUUGCAGUGGCAACAUAGACGUACUACAGCUGUUCGUCGCCCCCUCCGCUCCUUGUCCAUGGCCAGCGAACGCGAAUACGAACGCGAAUCGGACCAACGAAUGAAUGUGAGAGAGGAUCCCAUAUCGUUAUCUCGUCGCUCCGCCACCGUUAGAGCCGUUGCUUUGCUCGCGGCAACCGCGGCGGCACCAUCGGUCGCCUCCGCCAAGACACCCAAUGGACUGAUAUUGACAACUGCCCCCACCUCGGGGCUCCGCUGGGCCGAUGCCAAGGUCGGGAGCGGGGAAGCCCUGGCGGUGGGAUCCACGUGCAGCAUCGACUUUUCGAUGGCCUCGACCGCCGGACGCUUCCCGUCGAUCUACAGCACCAAAAACGGAGACGCUCCCUACCGGUGGACCCUCGGCGACGGAUCGACGAUAAAAGGAAUCGAGCUGGCCAUCCUUGGAAGCGAGGAGGAGGGGAUACCGGCUAUGAAGCCCGGUGGCAUCCGGAGGGUCAUCGUUCCCAACAGCUUGGGAUUCAACGCGCUGAUUCAGCAGAACAAGAACGCUUCUCCGGCAUCCAACAACAAGCGCUGUCUGGCCGGCAACGAKGGGUCAAUCGGGCCGAUCCCACCGAAAGAUGCCCCCGACGGGGCCUACCAGCGAUGGUACCAAUUUUAUUGCAAUCCUCGGAUCCCCUACCAACCCGAUCUCGUCCUUGAYAUUAAACUUUACGGAAAGAGAACGUAGCAAGCWAUGGUCGYCAWAAAGAAAAAUAAUGAUGGUAAUUUAUCACAACUGAUSUUUCUUACCUUGGCAUCUCUGUAUGAAACAAAAUAUACCAUCUUUUAGAUC